AUGGCUGUGUCAGAUGCAACUGCGAUGCUUCCAACAACUGGACGUUCUCAUCACAAUUACACAAUUUGUGCCUAUGCUGGCUAUGGAAGUCAAACUAUAUUCACCACUCUCGCAGCAGUGUCUGUUCCUCCCGGUUUGAGAGUAGUAAAUUAUCUUAAUAUGAAUCGCAGGGUGGUGGAUUUGGCUCAUCGUUGGGGUUGGAGCAACCCUAGCAAUACCUGUGAUCUUCUAUUCAUGUCGUGCCUUGUUGAGAAAAUACAAAACAAAAGGUAA